AUGUCAAUGUCUCAUAGCAUUAAUAUUUCUGUCGACGGUGCCGCUCUAAAUAUGAAAUUAUCACAAUCGAUUACGACAACAAUGCAAGACAAUGAUACCACUAAUAACGUCGGUUUUAUGUCCAUUUCAAAUAGUAACAAUCUUGUUGCGACUGAUUAUAGUGAAAAGAGUCCUUUAUUAAGUCCUUUACCAAGUCCUCCUUCCGCAAAAGGACGUAAUAGGAAAAAUUUACAGGUGGUGGUUCCACCUGUUCGUUCCUCUAUAUCUGCCCCUAGUUCACCUCAAUUACCACAAAAUGUUAUUCAAAAUAGGCGUCCAUCAACCCCUAUAUGCGUUUAUCAAACAAAAGGUCCUAUAGUAGAUCCUAGGAUAUUAAUAUCUAAGACUGAAAAUGCAAUCAGUGAAGAUUUGCCCUACAAAGAUGAACCAAUACAAAUAAUGCAACAUUUAUAUCUUGGAUCGGAAAUUAAUGCUGCGAAUAGAUCAAUGCUUGAUAGACUUGGCAUUGAGUUCAUUUUGAACGUUGCUAAGGAAGUUGAUAAUCCUUAUUUUGAGGAUUAUCCUUAUUCUCCUAGCUCGGAUUGUUCGAAUGAUAGUUUUCAUUCUGCUAUACAGACUCCUUUAUUAGAUUCUCCAAUGGUUAUUUCCUCCCCAAUGGGUGUUUAUCGUUCAAGUUCUCUUAAACGUUCUUCAAUGCCUUCUCGGUCAAAUUCAAAUUCAAUACCUGCUCAAUCUAUUUUCGGCAAUGUUUCUUUAUCAGGUAUACCUCUUACGGUUCCCGCAACUGAUGAUUUUGGUCCUUUAAAGUAUAAAAAAUUCUUUUGGACGCAUAAUCAAGAAAAUCUUAUUUCGGAUUUUGCUUCCGCUUUCGCUUUUAUCGAUGAGGCUCGAUCGACUGAUUUCGAAAAGACUUUGAAAUUAGGAAAAAACAAUGAUGUUCAUAAUCCUUUAUCUGAUAAUGCGAUCAAGACUAAAUCAGAAAAUACAAAAACUAGAUCACAUUCACGUAGUUCUAGUAUAGAGAGUGAUCUUUUAUUAAAAACUCACAAACGUAGUAAUAGCAUUCCAAGGAACACUACUGGCUCUAUUUCUGUAUACGAUAAUAUUCCAAAGACUCCUACUGUUAUUUCUGAGAGUUCACUUAUCGCACAGACUACUCAGUCUACUGUAAAAGGUGUUACUGGAAGGUUUCAUGUUAUCACAGCUUCUGUAACACCUACUUCUCCAAUUGCCUUAUCACCGACGUCAUCGCUAUCUCCCACAAUCAAAGGCGUUCUUCAAGGCCUUCACAUCUAUCGCCAAGGGAUAGCAACUCUUCAUUAG